ACUGCCCCUCCCCCUCUGCAGAAUAAACAGGUAGACAGUGAAAGUGAAAGUCAGUCUCCAUUUUGUGUGGAGGGGAAAAUACAGCAUUUCAGGAGUAAAAACACAGGUUUGAUUUAACACACCGAUGUUGGAGUGAAGUAAACGUGUGUCCUGCUGUAAUCUGGAGAAGGAGACAUGACCUCCAACAUGAGUGUGUCUGGAAAACAGGACUUAAAGAGAGACGAGAGAAUGAUGGAGGGAAAGAGAUCAGACUCACCAGAACCCAGCUGUGUGUCCAUGAAGAGUGAUGAGUCAAUGCAUCAUCCAUUUACCUUCAGAGACGGAGCCAGUUCUCCUGAUGUGAGACCACAACAGAAGAAAUCAAACCUCAGCAGAAAUCAGCUGGACUCCAUAUUCAAGGAGCUGGAACACAAAGUCAUCACUCUGAUGAAGAAUGAGCUGAAGAGGUUUAGGAAGCUCCUGAGUCCAGAUUACCCAGCAUGCACUGAGAGGGAGGUGCAGGAUGAGGAGGAUCUGCACAGUGUCAGAGACGGAGCGCUGAAGAUCACACUGCACUUCCUGAAGAACAUGAACCACACAGAUCUCGCUAACACACUGCACAACAAACUCGCCUCUGUGUAUCAGCCAAAGCUGAAAUCCAGCCUGAGAGAGAAGUUUAAAAGAAUUAAUGAAGGAAUCUCACAGCAUGGAAGCUCAGCACUUCUGAAUGAGAUCUACACAGAUCUCUACAUCACAGAGGGUUGGAGUGGAGACGUCAAUAAUGAACAUGAGGUGAGACAGAUUGAGACAGCGUCCAGGAGACCAGCAACACAGGAGACACCCAUCAAAUGUAACGAUCUCUUUAAAGACAAGUCCAUCAGAAGUGUUCUGACUAAAGGAGUUGCUGGAAUUGGAAAAACAGUCUCUGUGCAGAAGUUCAUUCUGGACUGGGCUGAAGGAAAAGCAAAUCAGGACGUCACCUUCAUGCUUCCACUUCCCUUUAGAGAGCUGAAUCUGAUGAAGCAGAAACAGCUCAGUCUGAUGGAUCUUCUUCAUCACUUUUUCCCUGAAAUAAGAAAACUAGAAGUAAUAGACUGUGACUCCUACAAAGUGGUGUUGAUCUUUGAUGGUCUGGAUGAGUGUCGACUUCCUCUAAAUUUCCAGAAGAAUGAGAGACUGUGUGAUGUGACAGAGUCAGCCUCAGUGGAUGUGCUGCUGACGAACCUCAUCAAGGGGAAUCUGCUUCCCUCUGCUCUCCUCUGGAUCACCUCUCGACCAGGAGCAGCCAGUCAGAUCCCUCCUGAGUGUGUAGACCAGGUGACAGAGGUACGAGGGUUCAGUGAUCCUCAGAAAGAGGAGUACUUCAGGAAGAGGAUCAGUGAUCGGAGCCUGGCCAAUAAAAUCAUCUCACACAUGAAGUCUUCAAGAAGCCUCUACAUCAUGUGCCACAUCCCAGUCUUCUGCUGGAUCUCAGCCACUGUUCUAGAGAGAAUGUUGGGUGGAGCAGAGAGUGGAGAGAUCCCCAAGACUCUGACUCAAAUGUUCACACACUUCCUGAUCUUUCAGAUCAAACACAAGGAGCAAAAGUACCAUCAGAAAUGUGACCCUGAUCCUCAGCAGACCAGAGCGAGUAUCCUGGCACUGGGAAAACUGGCUUUCCAACAGCUGGAGAAAGGAAACCUGAUCUUCUAUGAGGAAGACCUGAGAGAGUGUGGCAUUGAUGUGAGAGAAGUGUCAGUGUACUCAGGAGUGUGUACCCAAAUCUUCAGAGAGGAGUUUGGGCUUCACCUGGGGAAGGUGUUCAGCUUUGUACAUCUGAGUGUUCAGGAGUUUCUGGCUGCUUUAUACACAUUUCUCUCCUUCAUCAGCAGAAAUGUAACAGAACAACCAACCACAUUUAUGUCUGAUCUCAGAAAGUCAGACAUGUCUGAUCUCCUCAGGAGUGCAGUGGACAAGGCCUUACAGAGUGAGAACGGACACCUGGACCUGUUCCUCCGCUUCCUUCUGGGUCUCUCACUGGAGUCCAAUCAGACUCUCUUACGAGGCUUAAUGCCCCAGACAGGAAGCAGCUCUCACAGCAAACAGGAAACAGUCGAGUACAUCAAGGAGAAGAUCAGGGAGAAUCCAUCUCCAGAGAAAUCCAUCAAUCUGUUCCACUGUCUGAAUGAACUGAAUGAUCAUUCUCUAGUGCAGGAAGUACAGUCUUACCUGAACAGAGGAGGUCACAGUCGUCUCAGUGGAACCAGACUCUCUCCUGCUCAGUGGUCAGCUCUGGUGUUUGUGUUACUGAACUCAGAUCAGGAGCUGGAUGUGUUUAAUUUGAGGAAAUAUGACCCAUCAGAGAAAUGUCUUCUGAAGCUGCUGCCAGUGGUCAAAGCCUCCAGAAGAGCUGAGCUGCGUGUGUGUAAACUGACAGAGGAAAGCUGUAGAGUUCUGUCCUCAGUUCUCAGAUCAAACUCCUCCAGACUGAGAGAACUGAACCUGAGUCACAAUUAUAACCUGCAGGAUUCAGGAGUGAAGCUGCUCUCUGCUGGACUGGAGAAUCCACACUGUACACUGGAGAUACUGAGGCUGCGUGUGUGUGAUCUCACAGAGGAAAGCUGUAGAGUUCUGUCCUCAGUUCUCAGAUCAAACUCCUCCAGACUGAGAGAACUGAACCUGAGUGUCAAUAACCUGCAGGAUUCAGGAGUGAAGCUGCUCUCUGCUGGACUGGAGAAUCCACACUGUACACUGGAGAUACUGAGGCUGUGUGGGUGUAAUCUGACAGAGGAAAGCUGUAGAGUUCUGUCCUCAGUUCUCAGAUCAAACUCCUCCAGACUGAGAGAACUGAACCUGAGUGUCAAUAACCUGCAGGAUUCAGGAGUGAAGCUGCUCUCUGCUGGACUGGAGAAUCCACACUGUACACUGGAGACACUGAGUCUGUGUGUGUGUAAACUGACAGAGGAAAGCUGUAGAGUUCUGUCCUCAGUUCUCAGAUCAAACUCCUCCAGACUGAGAGAACUGAACCUGAGUGACAAUAACCUGCAGGAUUCAGGAGUGAAGCUGCUCUCUGCUGGACUGGAGAAUCCACACUGUACACUGGAGAUACUGAGGCUGUGUGUGUGUGAUCUGACAGAGGAAAGCUGUAGAGUUCUGUCCUCAGUUCUCAGAUCAAACUCCUCCAGACUGAGAGAACUGAACCUGACUCACAAUAACCUGCAGGAUUCAGGAGUGAAGCUGCUCUCUGCUGGACUGGAGAAUCCACACUGUACACUGGAGACACUGAGGAUGUGGAACUGCAGUAUUACAGAUGAAGGCUGUGCUGCUCUGGCUUCUGCUCCGAGGUCAAACUCCUCAUCACACCUGAGAGAACUGAAUCUGAAUGGUAAUAAUCCAGGAGAAUCAGGAGAGAAGCUGCUCUCUGAUCUACUGAAGGAUCCACACUGUAACCUGGAGACACUACACAUUAACUAUAAUAAACUCACCAGGACUGGCGUAUGACAGGAGUCUCACCUCAAACCUCUUCUCCAGGAUAAAGCAGUCUUGGUGAAGAGUUAGAACCCGUCCCACAUUUCCAGCAGUUUGGGAGCUGUAUCAUUGAACUUAAAGGGGCAGAGCAGAAACAAAGUCAAGAACAGGCAGAAGGUCAUACACAGGAGAAAUCAACACACAUAACCAAAUAUCUGCUGUACAAAGCAACGGCACCGAUCUGCCCCGGGGAUGGAGACUGACGAGGCUUAAGUACACGUCCGGAAAUGUACAGCCAACUCAUCCCAAAGCACGAGGCGGGAGCAGGCACGUACAAGAUGUGAUCGUCCAAUGGCAAGCCGGAACAUGAUGCAUUGCAGUGGACUGGGCUUAAAAGAGGAGGAGACAAGACACCCAUCCCUCCCCUGACAUAGACACACAAAUGGAACAUAGUACAAAUAGAAAUAAAACUGAGGACAUAACAAUGGUCAAGUAUCAAAUAUAAUGUAAACUUGCAUCGAUGAAGUUAAUGUUGUUAGUAAUUGUUCAUAAAUUACCAUGGUAACACAGAGCUCCAAGGUAUAAAAAUAUGGAGUUUGUCAUCAACCAAACAGUAACCAGUUUUAAUACCUAUAAAAGUUUACGUAGUAAAAUUUAGCAAAGCGCUUUACAGUAAAUUCAAAUGUAAAAUUAAACUAAUGAAAUGUUGUGCAGCACAUGCUUAUGUUAAUUUUUGUUACAUUAUAUGAUCAUAUAAAUAAAUAAAUACUCCCAAAGUCACCAGAAUUGAAAGCUUUGGUGCUGUUAAACAUUUAGAGAUUGAGGUUGUGGUGACUCAGUAUUUCACUCAGUAUAUCUGGGUAAGACACAGUGAACGACUCACUGCUGGCAUUCAUGAAGAGGUCAUAAACUCCACUGGAAUAAUAAAUAGGUCUAAUAAAACCAUGAGUGGAAAUUAUUGGUGUAAAUUUGUUAGGUUAGGCUUCCUCCAACCAGGAACUAUAUCCUCCAGUCCACGCGGUGGCGGUAACGCGCCUAACAGCUGCGUCUCCGACCAGUAGAAAUCACAGAAGAAGAAAAAGCUGCAGCGGGUAUCUCCCGAGCAGUUGAGUUAUUACACCGAACUAAUCAUCUCCAAAUUAAAUAAUUUCUGACAGUUUUACAGUUAGAUCCGGUUUAAACAUAAAAGCUGGUUAUUUUGUCUGUGUUUGAGGAAUUAAAAAUAAAACGUUCUGUUUUUAAACCCGAGGUAAGUUAAACGGAAGCUGUGUGGCUGAAUCCCAAAUCGAUGUCAUUUCCGGUUUAAGUGCACUACAUUAGGGAUGAAAUAAUGACGGUCUACACCCUAUCUAGUGCACUAUUUAACUCAUGAGGAGAGAUUUGUAAUUCUGUUUUAGCGGCACUAUUUAUAACCUUACUUUAUCCUAAAAUCCAUUGUUUGCUCCCUGCUUAUAGCAACUAAAAUAAACAACAGUGAGUGUAAAAGUGGCUAAGUAAUUUAGCAGCUAAAAUAACUUUAUAUUUCUGUAAUGUUUUUAAUGUAUAAACUGAUAAACCGAGGUAAAGUUGGGUUUAUAUUGGACAUUCACUUAACAUUCGAGCUUCUCUCUUCGAUUUCUCAAGAAAUAAACACAAAAAGGACAAAAAUGUGUGUGUGUAGCUGGCGAGUUCACGUUGUAAAGACAUACUACGCGCAUGCGCACGUAAGCAUUCAUGUCAACAUGUCCGCCAUAUUGAUGAGGGAAAGACCACGCUGUAAACAAAUACAAGUAAACGGAGGAGCUUUGGCUUUAGACAUUAUAUAUACAUUGUCUUUAGACAUUUAGCUCAUUGUCUUUAGACAUUAUUUUACUUGUUUACUUUUGAUCAUAAUGUUUGAAUUAGACAUUACUGAUCUUACUCGCGCUACACUCUGUAUCUGUGUACGAGAUGUGAUCGUCCAAUGGCACAUUGCAGUGGACUGGGCUUAAAAGAGGAGGAGACAAGACACCCAUCCCUCCCCCGACAUAGACACACGAAUGGAACAUAGUACAAACAGAAAUACAACUGAGGACGUAACAAUGGCCAAGUAUCAAAUAAAAUGUAAACUUGCAUUGA